GCCACUUGUCCUCGAAAAGAUCCAAAAGUACCUAACGCCCGUCCUAUAUACUAACAUACAAAUGGAAUAAUCCCCUUCAAUUUACACAAUUUUUUUGAGAUUCUCCACCAAACUGAGCUCGAUUCCUAUGGCUAUGGCGUCUUCACUAUUUUUUUCAACUCCAAUUCCAACUAAACUAAUCUCAAAGCAAAAACCCUUUUCUUAUCACUCUUCAAAUCCUCUUUUGCCCCAAUUAACACACAAACCCUUGAGGAGUUUGGUGGUUUCUUCUGCAGCUGCAAUUGAAGCUGAAACACAAACAUCUAGCUCGAAUUCCUCUCCAUUGAAGUCUCUUCCUUUUAGAGUCGGCCAUGGAUUUGACCUUCAUCGAUUGGAACCUGGGUAUCCUUUGAUUAUUGGUGGGAUUAAUAUUCCUCAUGAUAGAGGCUGUGAAGCUCACUCUGAUGGUGAUGUUUUGCUUCAUUGUGUUGUUGAUGCAAUUUUGGGAGCUCUGGGGCUUCCUGAUAUUGGGCAGAUUUUCCCGGACACUGAUCCUAAAUGGAAGGGUGCGCCUUCUUCGGUGUUCAUGGAAGAAGCUGUGCGUCUAAUGCAUGAAGCAGGUUAUGAAUUGGGAAACCUAGACGCCACUUUGAUUUUACAAAGACCAAAAGUGAGCCCACACAAGGAGUCUAUUAGAGCCAACUUGUGUAAGCUGCUUGGUGCUGAUCCUUCUGUUGUAAACCUGAAAGCAAAGACUCAUGAGAAAGUUGACAGUCUCGGUGAGAACAGGAGUAUCGCGGCUCAUACUGUUGUUCUUCUUAUGAAGAAAUAGUGAAUAGAGUUUUGUCAAUUUUGUUGUAUAAAAUUUGUGUACUGUAGCAUUUACUAGCCAUUUAGAGAGCACAUCAUGUUGAUCUUCUUGGUCAUACAUAUUUUCAGAACUUUAUAGUCAAAAAUUGGAAUUUCAUCACCUUAUUAAUUUCCUCCAUUUUGUUUA